AUGCUACCGAAGUUAAAUCAAUACAGUUAUUUUUCCUUGAUAGGUUUUCAAUGGCGCCAUUGUGGAGCGAAAUACAUCGAUUGUAAAACAGAUUACACAGGUCAAGGUAUUGAUCAACUUGCUGAAUUGAUACGCCUUAUCAAAACUGAUCCAAAUUCUCGUCGUCUUAUUCUUUGUGCAUGGAAUGUGGGUCAAUUAUCUGAAAUGGCACUUCCCCCAUGUCAUGUCCUUUGUCAAUUCAAUGUCUCACCAUCGAAUGAAUUGUCUUGUUUGAUGUUUCAACGUUCGUGUGACUUAGGUCUUGGCGUGCCAUUUAAUAUUGCAUCGUAUUCUUUACUCACGUAUAUGCUUGCACAUGUUUGCAAUUUAGUACCAGGUGAUUUUAUUUAUUCGAUGGGAGAUGCACAUGUUUAUCUUAAUCAUAUCGAACCAUUGCUUGAGCAGAUUGAACGUGAACCACGACCAUUUCCAACGUUAACAAUUGUGAAUAAACGAACUUCGAUCGAUGAUUUUACCAUUGAUGAUUUCAAGUUAGAGAAUUACUUACCAUACGGACCAAUUAAAAUGCAAAUGGCAGUAUGA